UCUUCUUCCUCUUCUUACACUUCUACCAAGCACGUGAGACACAAAACACAGACACAUGUGUAACAUAUAAACUAAAGCAAGUUUAUAUUGUAUUGCCAUUUUGAUUUAUAAAAUCAAAAGUUCCUUCCUUUCCUUCUGGGUUUCCUUUUUUCUCUUCAUUCAUUCUGCCAAAAAGUUACCAUGAGAGCUACCAAAAUUGUGAUGCUUCUGCUUUUGUUCUUUCCAGCUAUGUUUUGCACCAAUGUGGACUAUGAUCAUAGAGCAUUGGUCCUAGAUGGCAAGCGCAGGGUCUUGAUCUCUGGUUCUAUUCAUUACCCUCACAGUACUCCACAGAUGUGGCCAGACCUUAUUCAGAAAUCCAAAGAGGGAGGACUUGAUGUCAUUGAAACCUAUGUUUUCUGGAACUUACAUGAACCUCUUCAAGGCCAGUAUGAUUUUGAUGGUAGGAGGGAUUUGGUGAAAUUUGUGAAGACAGUGGCUGAAGCUGGUUUAUAUGUGCAUCUCCGGAUCGGUCCAUACGCUUGUGCUGAAUGGAACUAUGGUGGUUUCCCUCUUUGGCUUCACUUCAUUCCAGGGAUUAAGUUCCGAACCGACAACGAGCCAUUCAAGACAGAAAUGCAACGAUUCACCGCUAAGAUUGUGGAUAUCAUGAAGCAAGAAAAGCUAUUUGCAUCACAGGGAGGACCUAUAAUUUUAUCUCAGAUUGAAAAUGAGUAUGGAAAUAUUGAUUCAGCGUAUGGUUCUGCUGGUAAAUCAUACAUCAAGUGGGCAGCAAAUAUGGCGACAUCUCUUGAUACAGGCGUUCCUUGGGUCAUGUGUCAGCAAGGAGAUGCUCCUGAUCCAAUCAUUAAUACAUGCAAUGGAUUUUACUGUGAUCAAUUCACACCAAACUCUAAUACAAAACCAGAAAAUGUUGACUUGAAUUUUGAUCUUUGA